AUGAUCGAAAAUAUUACGAUAGCGAUGAAUGGACAGCUGUUGUUGUUCUGUUGUUGUUGUUGUGUUGUUGUUAUUAUUGUAACUGUUGUUGUUGUUAUUGUUGUUGUUGUUGUUGUUGUUAUUGUUAUUGUUGUUGCUGCUGCUGCUGCUGUUAUUGUUGUCAUCGUUGUUGCUGCUAUUAUUGUUGUUGAUAUCGCCAAAUUCACAUUAAGAAUAGAAAUGACAAUGAAAUGA